AAAAUUAACCAGAAGAAGAAUCAUGAGAGGUUCAAGAAGUUCUUCAAAAGGAACAAAUUUGAAGGUUGGUUCCCAUGGUUGUCCCUCCUUCUUCAAGAUCUACUUAGGAGAAUCAUCCUUUUCCUGUGAAAGAACUCUUGUUCCUCGUGCAUUCGUGGAAGCGCAUGAGGAAAAGCUGUUCCAGAGUUCAUGGGCACUGAAGACAGAAGAUGGAGGGCUGAGGAGAGUGAAGAUUGAGAGACAUGGAACGGAUUCCUUCUUCUGCCAAAGGGAUUGGGAAGGAUUUGCAAGAGAUCGCAACCUUCGAUUUGGUGACAUUAUAGUGUUUUUCCUUGUAGGAAUUUCUGAGUUUGAAGUCAUGAUCUUUAGCCAAACAACUUCUUGCCGUAUCGUAAGUCCACCCGCCAAUAAAACUGCCAAAGCAGAUCAUGAUGCAUUCACAUCAUCAUCAUCUGAUGAUGAUGAUGAUGAUGAGAAGAUCAUUAAAGCCCCAAGAGAGGGAAGGAGAUCCAAGAGGAAGUCAUCUUGUAAUUAUGCACAUGCAUCUGGAUCUGGAUCUAGCAAAAGGUCAAAACUAGCCUCAGGAAAAGGGAUACAAGUUAAGACUGAGAGUACUGAGAGUGAAAUGGAAGAAGGGUUUCAGAUGAAGAGGUUCAGUAAUGUCAAUCUCACUGCAAAAUUUCCCUACUUCGAAAUCGUUGUGAAGAAGAGCCACAAAGAGUCCAUAUUUGUUCCAAUGGGGUUUGCACGCGAGACGGGAAUCAUUCAUGAGAAGGUGAUAAAGAUGAUGAGCAGCGAAAACAGGAGUCGCGAGAAAGUGGAGAUUCACAGGGUGAAUAAUAAUAGGGUCCUUUUGGUGAAAGGGUGGGGGGCCUUCAGGAGCGCAAACAACAUACAAGUUGGAGACAAGUGUUCCUUCACCUUGCUGAAUCCCAACAGCCAUGGAACUAUGAGACUGUUGGUCAAGAAGCUCCCCAAAUGUUAGUAAGCAAGUUGGUUGAUCAAGCAAGAAUAGGCCAUGAACUGGGAUUUGCCUUGUUUUGGAUUUACUGAGAUUUUAACUCUCUUGUGUUUCUAUUAUUAGAUUGGCCUAUUUAUCAUUUUGGUGUACUUUUGAUGUGUUGAUUUGAAUGAAAGUAGCUCUUGCUGGCUCUGGGGAAUGAAUGUUGCAACUCUGU